AUGGGUUUCUUUGUUGGAUUCGCCAGUGGCUUUGCUUUGACUACCUCCGCUCUCUAUAUUACCAUCCAAGUCCAUCGAAUGAAUCGCAUUGAACAGCGCAAAGCCAUCCACGAACAGGUUCGCGCUCUCAACUGGACAGCAUCGCCUACAGGCGCAUAUGACCGCCGACUAGCCCCUAAAGACUUUAAGCGUUGGGAUGACGAGAUAACCAAAUCAUCAAACCCUACGAUUAAUGAUAUAUUUAAGGAUCGCUGGAAUCAAGAAGUGAAAACAUUGGCGAAGAAGGCCAACGAGAGCCGGUGGGAGGAUGUGCGAGAUGCCGCCGCGGAAGGGUGGAGGGCUGCGCGGAGACUUGUGAAGAGAGAGUGA